AUAAUAAGCUGCAGAGAGGCAUUUGCACAUGUAAUUGGUAUGGAGAGCUGUAUCUGCCCUUGCACUGAUGGUUCCGACUACAUGUAUCAUGUCAACACUGCAAAUUGGUUCCUUCCGGCUGCACGUGUCUGUGAUAUGUGCCCUCCCCCCCGCACUGUGCUCUGCAUAUACAACCCCUCCCCAUUAUAUACAGCUCCUCCCCUCUAUACACAACCCCUCCCCUCUACAAACAGCUCCUCCCCUCUACACACAGCUCCUUCCAGAGUUCAACUUCCACUUUGGGUGCCCGAGGUGGGGCAAGAUCUGUGAUUGCUCAGCUGGGGUUGGCAGGAUGGAUCUAAAGGGGUAUCUGCACAGGGUGGGCCUCAGUACCCAGAAGCCACCGUCCCUGACUGCGCUGCGGGAAUUACACCACCGGCACCUUCUCUCUGUGCCUUUUGGGAGUCUCGGCAUUCACAGCGGAGAGAGGAUCAUCCUGGACCACACUCUUCUCUAUGAUAAAAUAGUAGUGAGGAGACAGGACGGGUUCUGCUAUGAGAACAACGGGCUCUUUCUGUGGGUGCUUCGAGAGUCGGGGUACCAACCUGUGGUGCUCUCAGCCAGGGUGUGUAACAGUAUAACCGGGGUGUAUGGGCCUCCCUACGAUCACAUGAUCCUGGCAGUGGAGCUUGAGGGGCAGCGGUGGCUUUGUGACGUUGGCUUUGGUGAGGGGAUUGCAUUCCCAAUCCCCCUGGAGGCCGGGUGGGAGGGGGAGCAUCCGAGUGGGGUGUUCCGACUGCAGAAAGCGGAGGAGGAGUGGUACUUGGAGAGGAAAGAAGAUGGAGGCUGGAGAAGCCUUUACAAGUUCAGGCUGGAAGAGAAGAGGUUUGAGGACUUCAGGGACAUGUGUGACUAUCACCAGAUGUCCCCUAGCUCCAUCUUCUUCUGCAAGUCCUUCUGCUCCCUUCUGCUCCCCCGAGGCAGAGCGACCUACAUGGGGUGCCGGUUGAUCAGCACUGAGUACACUGCCGGGGGCGGCACCGUGAAAAGCACAACGGAGCUGACGGAGGGUGAGAUCCCACGGGUGCUCAGGGAGACGUUUGGGAUUGUCCUUAAUGGGAAGUUGGUGCCUAAGGACGAGCCGAUUGUGCCACCAGAAUGUGACUGACGAACUGAUGGGAUCAUGGAAAUUGCUUUAUUGUAGAUUUUAUUCAUAGGCCAACAAGUACCUUUAGGGCAAUGGCGCAGGGGGCAAUACAGGGGGGUUUAUUUCUCUAGUAAAAUCCAUUAUAACAGCAAAACACUAAUAAUCGUUCCUCGUUGACUCAAUCUGAAAUCCCAUGGAUCUGUGGUGGGACUUAUGGGUCUUGCUGUAGUAGCUCAAAAAUGCAGUAAUAGCAAUUUCUGCACCUUCACUUGGCCCAUCACAGCACCCAUAGCCUCAGGCAAGUAGUACCCCCGUCUGUGUUGUUGCCCCGAAGAAGAAAAAUGAAUAUAAAUGUAGGGUUUGUCUUUGCGGGGCCCCUCCUCUGUAUCUCAAUAUGGAUAUGGGUUUAUCAGUACCCAUACUCCUCCUCUACACUGGGAGACCCAGUGGUGUAACUAUAGAGAAAGCAGACCCUGCGGUUGCAGGGGGUUUAUCAUUACCCAUACUCCUCCUCUACACUUAGAGACCCAGUGGUGUAACUAUAGAGAAAGCAGACCCCAUGGUUGCAGGGGGUUUAUCAUUACCCAUACUCCUCCUCUACACUUAGAGACCCAGUGGUGUAACUAUAGAGAAAGCAGACCCCAUGGUUGCAGGGGGUUUAUCAUUACCCAUACUCCUCCUCUACACUUAGAGACCCAGUGGUGUAACUAUAGAGAAAGCAGACCCCGCGGUUGCAGGGGGUUUAUCAUUACCCAUACUCCUCCUCUACACUUAAAGACCUUGAGGGAGGAUCUUUCCUACAAUGUGCAGUAAAAGGAUUUUGGUGAGAUAAUGGUACAGUUUUAUUCCAUAAAAACAGAAUUAAAUAAAAAA